AUGUCGAAAAUAAACACGCCUAUGAACAAAUCCAUUUAAAAAUUCAAAAACCAUAAGAGAAUAGAGACGUAAAGAAAAUAAUCUUUAAUUAAUUUGGUAAUUACUGAGAAUGUAUCAACUCGAUAAGUAUAGUUUAUGUUAUAUUAAAGGCUGCUUAAAAACUUUCAAUAAAGUAUUCCACUGCAAAGUAUAUUAUGAAGAAUUUUAAAAUGAAAGGAAAUUAUUUAGAAGCGCAUUAACAUACUUAAAGCAAGCAGAAAUCCAUAAUUUAAAAUGUUAAUAUUAUUAUAGAUGUAUCAGAUGGUAGCAUUCUUUUGGCUAAAAAUAAUCAAAAAAUAAGUUAUUGUGAUUUUUCUUCUUUAUAAGAAUAGUAUAAAAACCAGAAUUUACUCUAAACUUCUGAAUUGAUUUAUGAAAAGCUAGGAAAAAUUUCUUGGCGCUAAUUUCAUUAUAAAGAAUGCAGAAAUGAAGAAAUGCUCAAAAAAUUUCUCCUUAGAUAACAUAUUCAGAUGAAAUAAAAAUGA